AUGGACAAGCAUGAAGUUUUGAGGGAGACUCAGCGCCGCGUAUUAGAUGAUGACGCUAGACAACGCCGGUUACGCAAAGCGUUGGAAAUUUUGGAGCAAGACAACCACGUCGAAGAACCGGCGUCGGAGUCUCGUUCCACCAAAAAGCCAAAGUUUGGCGAGGUAAUUGUUGUACUUGCCAUUCAACCCCCUCCACCUAGGAUGACGGUCCUUUCAAAUCCGGAAAGUCUAAGAAAAAACGACGCUCGGUAGUUGGGAAGUCCAAGUCGAAGAAGACUUUCGAAAUCCUACUGGAAGAAGAGUUCCAGGCCACUAAGGGUGGCCAGAUCGGUCCUUCAUACUUUACGGUCGCGGUACCGCCAAGCCGACUCCCUCCCAGGAAAUUUUGCAGUGUAUGCGGUUUUGUGGGUGACUAUGUCUGUGUAACAUGUGGAGUGCGCUUUUGUAGCAUUCGAUGCCGCGAAAUCCACAAUGACACUAGGUGUUUAAAAUGGGUCGCCUAG